CGAUCAAAAUGUUUCCGGAUUUCCCCCGAGGUUGGGAAACUUUGACAGCGGACUCGAAACCAAAUUUAAGAGCCAUCUUUAAUUCUGUGUUCAUAAGAUAUUACAAAAUGGAUUAGGUUCGCGAUACAAAUGCGCAGAAGUGUUGACUCUAGCUUUCCGGAUGCUACAGACGUCAUCGAAUGAGAAACAAGAUCUUAUUCAAAUAGAAGAAUAAACCUCCGUGAGUCCUGAAGGCUUCGCCAAACACAAGUGAGGCGCGAUUAAAAGAACAGUUCGCCACGAAGCGAGGACGAAGAACAAGCGGGUCAGUUCGGCGAUGAUGAACAUGUCAGAUAAUUACAGUUGGAGCGCUCACGUUAACACGACUUUGAACACGUCCCUUGAAUACAACGAUGUGAGGUGUGAAGUACAUCCAACAGCCAAGAAUCUCGCCCUUGCAGUUAUACUUUCCCUCAUCUGUACCAUGACGUUUGUGGGUAAUGCUGGCAUCAUUUUGACUGUUGCUACCUUUCGAAGUCUUCACAGCGUUACGUACUUUCUCCUCGUAUCGCUAGCCCUUGCUGAUAUUCUGGUCUCAAUGUUUUCCAUGCCUUUUCGUAUCCACCAGACUCUGCGUAAUGGUCAGUGGUGCUUGAAUCUUUCAGCGUGUGCCUUUUGGAUCUGGACAGACUCGUUUGCUUGCUGUGCGUCUAUAACAAACUUAGCAGCCAUCGGAGUGGAGAGGUUCCUGGCCAUCAAAGCACCAUUACGAUAUAGAAGUCUAAUGGAUCAAAAGACAGGUCUCAAGCUAAUGGGUUUUAUAUGGCUGUAUGCCCUGAUCUGGGCUUCACUGGGGAACUUAAACUGGAGUAAUCCACACCUGGACGUGUUUAACACUAACCGCGGCUGUGGAAAGUACGACCCAUUGUACUACACCGUCGUAGCUACACUUGCUUUCUUUCUCCCCUUAGCAGUCGUCAUUGUAGCUUACACCUACUUGACUAGAGUAGCGCUUUUUCAUGCUAGAGCCUUACAAAACCUUGUGUCUCCCGAGUACAGUCGAAUGCGAGGAGGAUCUUCUGUUCAAAGCGAUCGUACCUUACGUCUUAUACGUGAGAUCAAAGCGACAAAGAUGAUGGCUGUAGUGGUGGGAGCCUUUUUCAUCUGCUGGUUUCCUUUCUUCGUUGUAUUGUUGAAGAAUCUGUGGUCACCUUCACCGCCAGUUCAUCCAGUUUUAGCUGAAUUCAUCAGGGUGUUGGUUGUCAUUAUCUUACCCAACUUAAACAGCGCACUCAACCCUCUGAUUUACAUGAAAUUCACUAGAGAACUCAGAAAGGCGUUCUUGCGCCUCGUUAACCAACUAUUUCAUCCCUUUUGUUGUGCAAAACAUCACCGUAGAAAACAAGAAUGUGAAGAAAAGGGAAACAGCACGAUUAUGAAACCACGCGGCCAGAACAAGUCAGAAGUGACAGGCAAAAUAUGACAAGAUAUGACCUUUACAAUAAUACACUAUAACAAUCCUUUAUUGAACUAGUUAUACUAACUAACUGGUUCAACUUGCCUAACUGGUGAUUUAUAAAUUCAAGGUCCCUUAAGUGCUGCAUGUGCCACUGACCUCCAUAGACACUUUGAAGCAAACUUAGAGUUUGUAAAAUGCCCACGCAUGACUACCAUAGUUUAGUAAUCUAUCAUGUAUUAACUAAAACAUUGUGAGGGCCACUCUGUGCCGAAAUAACAAAUAGUAAGACGGCCGAGAGUUCAGUUGUAGGUUCUUUUCGCGGGAAGAUAAUAUCUCAUACAACCGAGCAUAAGGCCUUGUGGUGGAAGGGUAGGGGAGGGGGAUAAUCAGAUUAGCAAGGCAACAGAGCACAACCAUCAUGAUCAACAAAAGGACAGCCUUCUUACAAGAAAAGGGCGCCAAAUCAAUUGCAAAUGCGCUCAGAAUAUCUUACUCUUCCGGAGUAGAUUUGACUAGAUUUGAUACUUGACACGAGACGGCCAGACUCGGUUUGCUUGAGUACGAUAAGAGGAUCAUCAUUCAAGAUAUUCCUCAUGAAAAACAAGCUAAUCAAUAUGUGUGUUUAGUUUUGAGGUAUGUGUCGUUCUUGGCCGCUCGAAGCACACAAUUAUGUUAUUAUAAUAUUUUUAAAAACUUCCAUAUGUCCUACAUUUGCCUCAAAGGCAUAUCGUGAUGUUCAUUGUCCCGCCCUCACCUCAGGUGGGUGAUGCUAGCGUCAGUUGACUCAAUACCGAGCAAAUACAUUAGUUUUUAGAACAAGUUAUGUCGUCUUCUUGAGCCGUCUAACAUUAGCUCGAACAAUUAAUUGUAGUGGAUCUUAUUCGAUGACAUUGACAGAUUAAGAUGGCCACAGCUAUUAACAGUAUAUAACAGAAUACAAUAAAAUAUCGUAGAUAGAUGAUAAACUUUCUAUAUGAAAUUAGAAUAAUGCUGGUUCAUUAGGAGUAGGCGUGUCCUGUCAAUCUAUUAGAUAUACAAGCCCCAGAGGCCAUCUGAUCCAGGUUGUACCACUAAUACUAGACAGUGUUCUGGCUUGACUGUCAUUAGUAUUAGACCAUAACAUAGAAUCCUCUGAAUAAAGGAAGUAACUGCUCA